GAGAUUUCAACCCAAGUCAUAAGGUCUUAUUCUGUGUGAUUUUUGACAUUGCAUUCAAGAGAAUAUAAAUUAUACCGAUAUAAUAACUCAAUAGUAUGGCCAGUGAAGACAUUUCAAAACAUUUCACAGGUACGUAUGAGGUGCAGGAACUUCUUGAGGGUCAAGAUGAGUUAGAUUUACACACACAACAGAAAAACUGUCAGAAAAAUCCUGGCCAUGUAGGCUUUGUACCGAUAAAUAAGUUUUCCAUUAGCGAUUUACCUGCUGAUUACCAAGACGACGACUUAUACGAAUUCACAAAAGCUCUGGCUUUCCGGACGGUUAGAAUAGCCGUCAAUUUCACCAGUUUACUUAGACCUGAGUUUGCAACCUACACUAAAGACCCAUAUCCUUGCUACCAAUACAGGGGAGAGAAUAAUUUGUGUACAGGAACUGGGAAUAUGAUUAGUGUGUCAAAAGACAUGGAAUACAUGGGCGGCUACAGAACUUGUCCAUGUCCGAAAUGUGAAAGCUCUGACAAUCCCAGCAAAGUAUGGUGGAAAAUUCUAGUGGCAACAUCCAAACAUGUGAUUUUUGAUGACAGUGAGGCGAAACAGUCCAGCUGUAGGUUAUGGUUUGAUGACAAUAAUAGCCCAGUGUUUAAAAUUUACGGGUGGAAGACAGAUGGGCUAUCGAGUGAUUUGUCUGAUUCGAGUAAUGUCUACUUUGUAACACAUGAGAUAGAAAUAUUUAAUAAAUUAAAGGAAAUGGAGCUAACAUAUAAUCUUCUUUUGCUUAAAUUACAUCAGACCUACCAGACUAGAGAUGUAAACAAGAUGACCAUUAUAGUGUCCCAUCCCCAUGGCUGUUCAAAGCAGGUUUCUGUUGGUAACUGGGUACACAGACAGGCUGCUUGUAUUGGGUUUGGUGAAUUGGAUAAUUUAGGCAAAUACGCGUACACAAAUGCAACAUGCCCAGGUAGCAGUGGGGCUAUGAUCUAUAGAUUGGGAAAUUUGAUGAAUUUAUAUCGCCAUAGCGGAGGUUCCACCAGUGGUUUAAAUUUCAGUGGUCUAUUUAUGGGAUAAAGCAUAUUUUGUUUCUGA